CUUGAAACCAUUGCCUGAUAUUCUAUAAAGGCCGUUGUAUACAUAUGCGAAUUGAACGUAGUGCCAUUGGCUUGGGAGGACGUAAGACUUCAGGAUCUUGAAAGAAUAGCCAUCCCUGACGAGUUGAUGCAGAGGAAUUCGUGCGAGCACGUAGGCCGGGCCUGGGGUCACGGAGCCCUCAUGGAGGGAGAUGGUGACCAGAGGAUUGGAUUUGUAAAAGGCGCCAGACCUUCUGCCGUUGAGGUUGACCGUGAGGUUAACUCGCUGUCCCGAGUGGUAGACAGAAUUCUGGGCAGGCUUGACAGAGGAGAUCGAGUCAACCGUGGGACUUGGGACCGGGGUGGGGACUGCGACUGCAGUUGUGCUGGAGGACGUGGGAGCCAUGUUGAGUGUAGGUUGUUGGGAUUUAGUCUGAGGAUGAGAGAGAGAGAGGGAGGAAGGAGGAUGGUGUACGGUGCUGGUUUUUGUCAGGUUUUGGGCAUGGCAGAUCGACUGGGGUAUUUAAGGCCGUUUAAGUGUCCAGUACCCAUCAGGACAAGGCUGCGCCGAUUUGAGGUAUUGGCUGGCAUAGGGGACAUCCACUGUUAGGCC